AUGGCAUCGUCUGAGGCUGUCUCAUAUGAAACUGCCCUGUGCAUUCUCCCACCUUCACAUCUCACCCACGAUUUCGAGCGUCUGCGGGAACUAUACGACAAGGCUUAUGGCAGAUGGCCUCCCCAUCUCAAUCUAAUCUAUCCAUUUGUGGCACCAGAAAAUCUCCCACGGGUGCUGGAUUUGGUCCAAUCGACCUUGGCGAGUAAGAAGAUCGAGUUCUUUCCUUUAUGUCUAGGAAAACCGGGGUUUUUCGAUCACAAACGGAGCAGCACCGUAUACACGACAGACGGGGAGAAGGAAAGAUGCGACGUCUUGGAUCAAUUACGACGGGAAAUUCUAGGGGAGCUCGGCCACAGCAGCAAUUCACACCAGCUACAUCUAACAAUAGGGCAGACCGAAGCAGAAGAUUCUUUACUGAGAGAUUACCUGCUGGCCAAGGUAGCUUUGUUGCCGCAAGUUGAGUGGGAGGUGACCGAAUUGGUGGUUUUGAUCCGUGACCGGUCGCAAGGAUUGGAUACCUCUUCAAGUCCUAUGCGAGUCUGGGCAACUCUGCCACUAUCUGGCCAGGAGCCCUGGGUCAACAAUCUGCCUACAACUGGGACCGAGAAAGCUCUCACAACGCUUUCCUCACCUACCGUUCAAUCGAGGCCGACCUUUCGGUUUGUCGAAGGCAAAGGCACUUGGGAGGCAUCCCUUUCGCCCUCACCAGGUACCGCGUUAGAAGAGCAAGGUAGCCACGUUGAUUCUUCUUUAGUUACGCUCUCUUCAUACAAUGUGCUUGUUGAUGCAAUGCACCCUCCUUCACUCGACAGAUACCCUCUGCUCCUGCAGAAUCUGCUUUCAGAUACUGCCGCAGCCGAUAUUCUUCUGUUACAGGAAGUAUCAGAUGACUUCCUAUCUUACCUGCUGAAAGACGCUGAAAUCCGCCGCCGCUACCCUUUCGCCACGCAUGGGCCUCCCGACCAGGCAGACAUGGCACCAUUGCCAAGUCUGCGCAAUACUGUUGUGCUCAGUAGAUGGUCAUUCUCUUGGGAAUGGCUUCCUUUCGAAAAGCGCCACAAAGGCGCCGUGAUCGUCAAAUUUGAUUAUGUGGGAACAUUACGCAACUCGACGUUCUUGCCUCUAGUGGUUGCCGGCGUCCAUCUCUCUUGUGGUCUGAUUGAUAGCUCCAUCGCAGCCAAAAAAUCUCAAUUAAGGGCCAUUCUCAGGCAUCUGGCUGACAUCUUUCGCGAUAAUUCCUGCUUUUUGGCGGGUGACUUCAAUAUCACCACCUCAUCGUAUACACUGGACCUGGCGCUGAAGAGGAAGUCCAUCACCGCGGAAGGCGCAUCUAAUCUGUCAGGUACUGAGGUUCUUCUUUCGCAGGAGGGCUUUUAUGAUUGCUAUUAUGUCAGUCGUGCUGCUGUGUCUUCGGAAAUGUCUGAUUGCUCUCAUGCCCGUCAGGAGUAUCAAAAACUGGGUACAUUAUAUGAAGGAGAAGAAGGUGCAACAUACGAUCCAACCCAUAAUCAUCUUGCUACCCAGAUUGCUGGCAAGAGCUUUCAUAGUCGACCACAGAGGUAUGAUCGGAUUUUAGUCAAGGGCGACAGGUCAAAUGUUCUCCGUUUCAACAUGUUCGGAUUCCCUGUUGGAGACGCCGGUGUUGCCAGUGAUCACUGGGGAAUUAGAGCGGUGCUCACAUUGGACUCCCAGAGUGCCGAACCAGAAAGAAAAAUACCACUUAUCGAAGCUGCAAGAGCACCAAAAGGUCUUGGUGAUGUCAAUCGGCUUAAAGAGUGUCUACAUGCGCGGCAGAUGUUUCCCUCUCCCGAGGAGAUGAGCCAACGCACAGAGGCCAUUGAGCUGGUGACAAAUGUGAUAAACCACCAGGAGGACUCUCCCGCCGCGCCUAGAUUGAACAUCUCUUUCGUCGUGGUCCCGGUUGGUUCAUAUUGGUUGGGAGUCUGGGAUGCCGCAUCCGACCUCGAUCUUCUGGUCAUCGGACAGAUCAGUCCUCGUGUAUUCUUUGCCCUAACGACACCGAAACUGAGGAGAGCUGCAGAUCACGGAAUCAAGAUUUUGAGAAAAGUACGGGCGGCAUCGGGGACGAUGCUGGAGCUGGAAGUCUGUGGUGUACAGCUCGAUCUGCAGUACUGUGCUGCAACACGUAUCGUUGAAAGCUGGCCACAAGCGCUCGAACUCCCACCCACUGAUUCUAUUUUCGAUCUCCCCAUGCAAUCACUGAUUAAACUCAACGCCCUCCGAGAUACGCACUACCUUGAACGCACCAUUCCGGAUCUCGCUGCGUUCCGUCUUGCCUACCGGUCCAUCAAAACUUGGGCUCAGCAACGAGGACUAUACUCUGCAAAACUAGGUUAUUUGGGAGGGGUUCAUAUAGUUUCGCUCCUCGCGCGCAUUUGCAAACUCGCCUUUCGCACAGUGGGCCUCACAUCAGCCGCAGAUAUUAUCUGCACGUUUUUCCAGCAGUAUGCACAGUUUAACUGGAAGAAGGACGUGGUCUACGAUCCAACAUUCUACCAGAAUGGAUCUCGAUAUAUGCGUUCAUUCAGGGAGCCGCUGGUGAUCCUCAGUCUCCAUGCACCGAGAGUGAACGUCGCCCGUGCCGCUUCCGUCCCAUCGGCGAGGACGCUAGAACAAGAGUUCGCCCGGGCAAAUAGGCUGCUUUCGAGUCCUGGGGCUUCCUGGAAGGGGCUGAUUGAUUCCACUGCUUACGUCAGUGGCGUGGAUGAAUUCCAGAAAUCGUACGCCAGCUAUGUGAAGGUUGAUGUGCAGUACUGGGGCGGGGCAGCCACAAAGGGGCGAGCGCUCAUCGGGUGGUUGGAAUGGCGAUGUGUCUCGCUUCUAGUUGACAUCCAUCGCAAAUUCCCCGACAUCCUUGCUCGAAUCUGGCCUGCGCGGUUUACCCAGAUACAUGAAAAUGAAGACAGCGACAAGGAGUACCAGGGCUGUUACCUGAUCGGACUAGCCAAGGGAGACGUAUCUACCACUAGCACGGGACCCAUGACCGAGCCAGACAAGCAAUCCGCGCAGAUCUCCCUUUUAGCCAUCCUGAGGACGUUCGCAGAGGAAAUCCGUGCUGACGAAAAGUACUUUGACGCCUCCUCAUGCUGGGUGGACGUCACUCUGGCAAAGGGGUCCGAGGUGGGUGAUCUUCGGAUUGAUGAUCGCCACUGGGGAUCCUACGGCGGUGAGGAUGACGAGGAAGAAGAGGAGGAGGAGGAGGAGGAAGACCAGUUCCAUGAUGAUGGUGGUGAUGAUGAUGAGAGUCACGAAUCUCUUCCCGUGCCAAAGAGAGGAAGUUUGCCAUCCAGAAAGUCAGUGGGUGGUGGGCCGAAGCUGCGUCCGGCAGGGGAAAUUCUAAGCCGGCUACGAUGGGAUCCGAACCUGGACACGGCGGAUUACAUCGUCGGCUACGAGGACCGGUUUCUAGGCGAGCAAGAGAUGGGUGUCGACCAGUGGAAGGCGGAAUUGACGGAUGAAGCGUUUAUCCCUAUGCAUCGGAUCCUGUACUUUAAACGCAAGGCAGAUGGGGUGAGGGUCUGGGACCGAGAGACGCGGACAGACCUGCUGUCUAAACAAGCUGAACAAGAAGGAACAUGUAUGUUUCAAAUGAGAUGA